GUCCCCGCCUACCUAGCCAAUCUGUCCCUGUUUGGGACACUGGACUCCCGUGAGCUGGAAGGAACAGGUUUAAUAUCUAGGGGCUGGGUAUCCCCAAAUCACUCAUUUGGGGGGUCAAGGGACCCGGGCAAUAUAGUAUUCUGCUCAGUGUCUGGAGACCAUCUACCCAGGCUGGGGCUUCUGGGACAGGUGAGGACCCACGGACCCUGGAAGAGCUGGUCCAAGGGACUGAACUCCCGGCAUCUCUACAGAGCAGAGCAUGAUCACAUUCCUGCCGCUGCUGCUGGGGCUCAGCCUGGGCUGCACAGGAGCAGGUGGCUUCGUGGCCCACGUGGAAAGCACCUGUCUGUUGGAUGAUGCUGGGACUCCAAAGGAUUUCACAUACUGCAUCUCCUUCAACAAAGAUCUGCUGACCUGCUGGGAUCCAGAGGAGAAUAAGAUGGCCCCUUGCGAAUUUGGGGUGCUGAAUGGCUUGGCGAAUGGCCUCUCAAAUUACCUCAACCAACAAGACACCCUGAUGCAGCGCUUGCGCAAUGGGCUUCAGAAUUGUGCCACACACACCCAGCCCUUCUGGGGAUCACUGACCAACAGGACACGGCCACCAUCUGUGCAAGUAGCCAAAACCACUCCUUUUAACACGAGGGAGCCUGUGAUGCUGGCCUGCUAUGUGUGGGGCUUCUAUCCAGCAGAUGUGACCAUCACGUGGAGGAAGAACGGGAAGCUUGUCAGCCCUCACAGCAGUGCCCACAAGACUGCCCGGCCCAAUGGAGACUGGACAUACCAGACCCUUUCCUAUUUAGCCUUAACCCCCUCUUACGGGGACACUUACACCUGUGUGGUGGAGCACAUUGGGGCUCCUGAGCCCAUCCUUCGGGACUGGACACCUGGGCUGUCCCCCAUGCAGACCCUGAAGGUUUCUGUGUCUGCAGUGACUCUGGGCCUGGGCCUCAUCAUCUUCUCUCUUGGUUUGAUCAGCUGGCGGAGAGCUGGCUCCUCUAGUUACACUCCUCUUCCUGGGUCCAAUUAUCCAGAAGGACGGCACAUUUCCUAGAGGCAGAAUCCUACAACUUCCACUCCAAGUGAGAAGGAGAUUCAAACUAAAUGAUGCUACCAUGCCUCUCCAACAUCUUCAACCCCCUGACAUUAUCUUGGAUCCUGUGGUUUCUCCAUCCAAUUCUUUGAAUUUCCGGCUGGGCGCGGUGGCUCACGCUUGUAAUCCCAGCACUUUGGGAGGCCGAGGCGGGUG